UAGAGAAGUAGUGCGAUACUUGUGUGGAGCGGUUGGUCAGCAAGGAUGGGCUCGUGCCGAGUGACUUGACACAAGCUAAGUUUUUUCUCGCCAUGUAGCACAGGCCACGGGCGCUUUUCUCUCGCCUCGGCUGGUGGAGCCAUUAUCGAGCAGCCCGGCGGGGACCAUGCGGAGGACCCCAGUGCCAGGGCUGCUCCUGCCGCCUUCACCGCUGCUGCUGUUACUGGGGCUACUGGUACUGGAUAGGGGCUGCACGGCGCAGUACUCGAGCGAUCUGUGCAACUGGAGAGGGAGUGGAUUAACGCACGAAUCUCACAAAAAAGAUGUUGAACAGGUCUACCUUCGCUGUUCUGAAGGAGCCAUAGAAUGGAUGUAUCCCACAGGAGCAUUGAUAAUCCACCUGCGACCUAAUGUUUUCCCUUCCUCUUCCAAAUAUUGGACUGUUUGCAUAAAACCCCUUAAAGACUCUGCAGGAACAAAUAUUUAUUUGGAAAGAACUGGAGAAUUGAAGUUACUGUUCCGAGAUGGAGACCAUAGUCCCACUAGAGUGCAUUGCUUCAGCUAUGAACAGGGUGGACUCUUUGUUGAGGCUACCCCUCAGCAGGACAUUAGUCGAAAGAUUACAGGCUUCCAGUAUGAACUGAUAAACAAGGGGACAGCAUCAGAUUUGCACAUGAUUUAUGCUCCCUGCCGACCUUGCAGUGACACGGAAGUGCUCUUGGCAGUCUGCACUAGUGAUUUUGUUGUCAGAGGUACCAUUCAAAAUGUACUUAAUGAGGAGGAAGGGCAAGAUUCUGUCAUCGAUGUGAGUGUGAACAGAAUCUACAGGCAGAAAAUGAAGAUCUUCAAACCUGCAGAGGAAACUGGUAUCUGGGAAGGACAGAUCAAGACACUGCUGCAAUGUGGGGUGAAACCAGGAGAAGGAGACUUCCUCUUCACAGGCCGCAUGCACUUUGGGGAGGCCAGGUUAGGCUGUGCCCCUCGUUUCAAAGACUUCCAAAGGAUGUACAAAGAGGCCAAGGACAGAGGGCUAAAUCCAUGUGAAAUUGGCCCAGACAUUCUUCAUCUGUAGGUUUCUCUUGGGUUUCAGCAGAACUGCCGAUGUGCUGAUCUAAAUGGAAACUAAUAACAGAGUGGAAUAGAAUGAAACAAUCUCCUUCAUGGAAGAAGACUAGAUGAGCAUCUUUAUCAGGGAAGGUUUUAGUUGAUGAGUUUCUGCUUCUGGAGGCUAGAACUGCGUGACCCUUGAGAUACCUUCCAAUGCUAAGAUCUUAUGAAUGCAAGAACCACACAAGCCGAUCCUUGUGGUCGAUGAUACUGUUAUGCUAAUACAAGUGACUGAGGUACGAAUUCUAAAGGAUCCAGGGCUUGAAUGCAAUCCCCCAUCUUGUCUGUGUGAACUAAAUUAUUUUUGCAGCUUCCUUAGGGAGAAAAACAAAGAAAUGACACCACCUCCAUGUCUUAAAAAUACCAAUUGACCAAUGAACCUUUGUAUCUUUGUAAUACUAAAGUUUUAAAAUGUGUUAAGCAGAUGUAACAUUUUUGCAUGGUAUAAAAUGGAGAAAAUCAUGGUAGAAGCCGGUGAAACCAUCUUAACAUUGAUGCUUUGUAAAAAGCUUGGUGUACAAUUUGAAAUUGUUUCUUAUGACAGAAAUGUAUGAAACCAAACUCUCUCUCUCUUUCUUUCUUUCGAAUGUACAGUUGCCACCUGCAAUUUUUGAUCA